AUGUCCCGCUCUGAAGCUUGGGGAGAUUUUGACCUGUACGCCAAGCUGAAGGUGUCCAGGACAGAGAUCGCAAUGGCAAUAGACGACCCUUUCCCACUGCUCUAUGGGUUAGCAGACCACAGCAUCAUCCCUGAAUCCCUCCUGAAGGAGACAGUAGAGAGAGGAGAGAAAGAGGGGGUUCAUAAAGCCAUGUACUCGCUCCUUUCCUGGCUUCUCCAGCAGGGCGCCGACACUAUCCAGGCAUUCUGGAGGAAUCUCUCUAAGGAGUACAACCAGCUGAGCUACCCCAAACUUCAGACCCUGCUCAGUAGAAUCUUCAGAGAUCGGAGUGUUUGGGGCUCCAGGCAGAGGCGCUCUCUCGUGACCACUACUCCUGCUCAGGGCGGAGCCAGGAAGAGGAGUGGGAGUGGCCAACAGCUGAUUUCCCGCCACAAGAAAAGCGACGUCCCACCCAUUGCAGACCCAGGGUUACAAGGUCAAUGUGCAGAGCAGGAGGAGGCCAGCAGUGCAGGGAAGCCAGAGGUUGCAGUAACACACAUCAGCCAACAGGGGGAGCUGCUUAGCAGCAGUACAACCACACGAACAGGAGAUGUUAAUGAUGACGAGUGUGCAGUGUGUAAAGAUGGCGGGGAGCUCAUCUGUUGUGAUGGCUGUCCUCUGGCCUUCCACCUGAGCUGUCUAAAUCCCCCGCUCACCUCCAUACCCAGUGGCAGCUGGCGAUGCGGACACUGCCAGGGCACUCAGAUAGCACCUGUGCAGUGUCCUGCUGGAGAGGGGGUUGUGAGGGUGCUCUGUGGCAUUUGCCACCUCAGUGGCGGUGACCUCAUCACCUGUGCCCAGUGUCACCAGGGAUACCAUGGCCAGUGCCACUUCACAGGGUCACCGGUUUGUGAUGGAGCAGAACAAGCUACCUCAGUUGUGAGGAAAGAAGAGUUUGACUCUGUGGUAGGCGAGGGCUCUGUAGACACCAUCCUGCAGUGGGCGUUCCAUAACUUGUCCCGCCCACUAGCUGACUCUCAGGGCUUCUUCCCAUAG